CAAUGACAGAGAUUUGAAAUCUGUAGAAAUUAUCCUUAGCUGUAAUGAUAAGACUCUAUAAUUUUAAUAUGACCGAAAAAUCUCGCGCGAAACCGGGCAAAACUCGAACCUUCUCCCGCGCGCCGUCUCUAUACUCCCUCCCCAUCUGAAAACCACUGGUCUCUUCCACCCCAACCUCCCUCCUCCUCGCCGAUCCCGCGAAGCCGAGCCCUAACCGAGGCGGCGCCAUGGACACGGAGCCCUUCGACGAGGCCGAGCUCCUCGUCCUCCCCGCGUCCUCCGCCGCCUCCCCUCCUCGCCGCUUCAAGCGCCUCAAGAAAUUCUCCUCCCAAACCACCACCACCACAACCACAACCGCUGUCACCACCACCGCAACCCCUCCCGCCGGCUCCCCACCUACACCUCCAUCGCCGCCGCCGCCGGCGGCAUCACCGGGCGAGAAAACCCUAGCUCCGCGCCCGUCACCUCCCACCAACCCCUACCCGCCGGCGGCGGCGGCGGCUGCGGCGUCAGAUGCGGGUGCUCUAUCCCCGCUACCCCAUUCCUCUCCCAACCCCGAUUCCUCGCCGCUGCCGCAGACGGACACGCCGGAUGAGGAGGAGGAUGACUGGCUCGACCCGCUGUUCUCCGAAACCGGCGCCCCCACGGGGUGGGAUCCGCUGGGCGCGCCGGUGGAAGGGGAUGGUGGGGACGAGGAGGAGAUGCUUGGGGGUGGGCUCAUCGAGGAGUUGCGGAGGGAGACGUCGGCGAAGAAGCGGCUCGACAUGGACGGAGGCGAUGGGGAAAUGGCCGCAGGGAUGGAGGCGAAGGGAAAGAGGAGGAAGAGGAAGAAGGAUGCGCCCAAUGAGUCAGCCCGAGGGGAAAAACUGUCUGGGAAGGAGAGAAGGGUGCAGCUUGAUUCGAUCCACGCCGAGUCGCAGAGGUUGCUGCGAGAAACAAGGAGCGCAUCGUUUAAGCCGAUCAUGCAGCCAGUUUACAAGCCCAUCUCAUCUGUCCUGGAGAAGAUCCGCCUUCGUAAGCUGGAGAUUCUAAAGAAGCCAAAUACUCCUAUUGAAGAUAAUGAUGCCUCGUCGGAGCCUGUGAGUGAUUCUGCUGAGCAUUUGGAUGUGCCUCAGGUUAAGGAAGUGUCCACAGAUAACAAGGAUUUGAGAAUUGAUGACGCUGACAAGGAGUUUGGAGCAAAUGGCCAUGGCCUGGAUUGUUCUAACAGUGUUCCAGAGGAUGAGGAUGCUUUGGAUUGCAAGAAGGAUCUCCAUAAUUGUGGUACAGAAGCUUCAGAUGAGGAAAUUUCUGAUAGAUCGCAAGAGAAUCAUGAGGAGAAUGCCCAGUCAAGUGACAACCAUAACAACUCAGUAGAUCAAACUCAACUGCCCCCCUCUUCAAGCCCUACCAAGAGUACAGAUGACACUUCAUCAGAAGAUGAAGAAGAAGAUAAUGAUAAAGAGAACACUGGUCCAAGCACUCAGAAAAAUGAUGUGAAUAUUCAUGAACACCUCCAAAGAGCUAUUGGAGGAGGUUUGUGUCCAGAUGAUGUAAUUCUGAAGGAUUUUCUAGAUGAUGAAGCGGAGGAGGAGGAUGAUAGUGACAAUGACAUGAUGAGGUUUAAAGAUAAUGAAGAAGAUGAUGGAAGCGAUGAAAAUGAGGUGUUUAAUGAUCUGAUAGCUGCUGGUUACGAAGAAAAAGAUGCAGAUCACGAGAAGCGUAAUGAACUCCACCAGAAGUGGCUUCAUCAACAAGAUGCUGAUGAAACAAAUAAUGUCUUGCAAAGGUUGAAGUUUGGUCAUCAGGAGCAGAAAAAAUUAAUAGAUGAAGAUGAAGAUAUAGAAGACGGUGAGGAUGAAUCAGAAAAUGAAAUGCCAUAUGAUUUAACUCCAACAAAUGUUGUGCGACAGAAUUCUGAAAAGGCAAAACAAAUGAUUGCAAAGAUGUUCACAGACGAUAAUGAUACUUAUGAGCACUCUGAUGAUGAGGAAAUAGAGGAGCAUUUAGCUCGUCAACGUAUUUCAAAGCGAGAAGUUCAUAAUAAUUCAUUCAUCUCUCCGUUGGAAGAUGACAGCUCAAGGGAAGUAUUUAGUCUAAUAAAGAAGCUCAAUAUCGCUCCUCAGCCCAAAAGGAGAAGCAAGCAAUCGACAUCAAAUCAUGAAAUGCCUAUGGCUGGAAGGAACAACAACACUUCUUCAAAGUCAUCUUUUAUUGGCCGAACAGCCAGUGGUUCAUCGACAUCUUCUCACAGAUCAAUUUAUAGAACCUAUGUAUUUGGUCGUGAUGACAGCAAUAGCAGCAGUAGGAGCUGCAUGUCUACUUUGGAGAGUAAUUCAGAAAUGGAUCAGACCAAUUCCAGCCAACCCAAGAAAGCCAAGUUCAGUAGUUCACAGCCAAAACCAAUGGGGUCAAGGACAAAUUCAGAGAGUGAUACGAGUUCGGGUGUUUCCCUAUUUGAGAUCCUGCGUAGGUCUUCUUCAGUUACUUCUGAUAAACAAGGUAACAGCCGUCAGGAGAGCUGUGCUACGAUCACGGAAAGUCAAGCUGUGCAUCAGUUCUCAGCAUUCAAAUUACCAAGGAGGUUUUCCAGGGUGGGAGCAAGAAAUUGACGGUCUCCUUCCCCAGCUAAUCCUUGCUACCAUUCUCGUGUCUCGUCAUAGUAUGUUUCUUCUUGUGGGGUUUUAACUCUUAAUGUUAUGUUUUAUCCAUAUGCUUUGGAGAAUGUAUAUUGGAUUUUCUGUAAGGCCUUGAGCCGAAUAUAAUGUUCUCUUUCAUGUUCUCAA